UACUAAACUCCAACAGCAGGACUUCGGGGACUACAGUCUGACAGUGGGCAAUGGCGUGGGGAGUCCAGUCACAUACAUUGUCAGCGUAGUGGCUGGCCACCAGAGACACCUGUACAGUUUCGAUAUCUGGAUAAUGCAACAACGUCGUCAAUAUGGUUGUCGUGGCUGCCUGGGUUCAAUGUUGGACGCACUCAGAUGUUUCUAAUUGAGUAUCUACCGUGGACUGUGUAUAAAUCUUAUAAUGACAGGGGCGAGAUGAUGGUGUUAGAAGUGACGGGGCUUUUACCUGGAGAGACUUACAUAUUCCGACUACAAGCUAGAAAUGACUACGGGGAUUCUGAUGGAAAUGUAUUGGUAGAAGCUGGGACUGCUGGUGAUCCACCAGACCAGGAAAAGCUCGAAGCUUCAUGUAUCAGUACAGGGGUAUUAGCAGGAGCGACAGUAGGAGGCAUUCUUUUUACGCUGCUCAUUGGAGGGAUUGUUCUAAUUGUGCUGUACCGAAAGGGGUACAGAGUUACAAACAUUCUUAAAGGAGCUGCACAAAAAAGCUCUAGCUAUCCUGAACCUGUGGAAAUGGACAACAGAGGAUAUUCAUCUCUAGAUCUGAUCACGGCUCCAGCGCAGUAUUUAAAUGUGGAGGAGGAAUCAGAAAAACAACAGUACACACAGUUGAAGAUUUAUGACAACACAAAAGUGGAUGCUGCAGCAGAUACAAGUACCUAUGAGGGCGUGACAGAGACUCCCCCUGUGACCUACGAGUCCAUCAGGGCAUCGCCAUACCAGAACAUUGGGGCACAUUCUCGAGGUCCUGACGAAUGAAAUACCCGCAAAGUCAACAUCAUGCCAUGAGUUUCAGAAGCGGACACACAAACACGACGUUCAGGGCAGAGCAUUACUUUGCUUUGAGACAGGGCGUCCUUGUUAUUUGCUUUAUAUUCAUAUUACUUCACAAGAUAAAGUUCCACAUGCACAUUUACUGUAAGGGAAUUCAAAUCAUGUUGGUUACGCUUGUCAUCUUUGUCGAAUAUAUAUUUAAUAGUGAAUAUUUCGCAAAGCAAAUAAGCAAUAUAUUUUCACAAUGAACACACAAAUCCAUUUGGUGAUUACGUGGACAGAUGUACAUAAACAGAGACAGAACAGUAUAACUCCGAUCUACCAAGUAUGUCAUAAUAUAGUAUGGUAGCAGUAUUGGGGUAUCAGUCGUGAUUUAGUGAGGUGUCAGUAGGGCUGGAACAACCGAUCACCAGUUCUACAGUAGGCACGAGGAUACCUGUGCACUACAGAAUUAACAUCUGGGUGUGUAGUCACUCGAACGAAAACGAACUACCUGAACGUGCUAGGGUCGUUAAUACAUACUCAGAGCAGGAGACCAUUGCCCCAUGGAGUGUCCAGUCCUGUCAUCAGACAUCAGCUCUACUGAACACAUGUUGAAUACUCUGCAGGUCACCCUCUAACAAUGCCCUGUCCAUCCGACGAUUUCACCAGAACUCGUCAAAGUUCUCACUGACGUGUCGAACAGCCAUCCUUCCUGACA